AUGAAUUCCGAAUCACAAAAUAAUGCCAUUACUGUCGAUGAAGUUUUGGCUAAAAUACGUCGAACCCUCUGCAAAAAUUUGAACAAUAGCGACACUUUGGCGCUUCCUAGUUCUUCCAUGGUCAAAGUAAAACUGAAAAGUGAUAAACAGAUUAGUUCAUGCAAAUUUUUACUGAACGAAAAUGACGGCAUUAAAAGGGCAUUUGAUGAAGCUGAAAUAAACGUCAUAAAGAAUUUGCUGGCCGCUAUACCUUCGGGUUCAGAGAUAAUCGGUAAUGCCGUUUUCGAAGAAAUUGAAGAUAUGACUUCAACAAUCAACGAUUCUGCAAAACCGUAUUCUGGCCAUUCGCCUGAAGGCGCGAUUAAUAGUUUGAGCGAAUCGUUCGCUAAUGAACACGAUUUCUCUACUGAAUUCAGUAUCACGACUGAAAAUAUACCCUGCUUAAAUAUAUUCGGGCUCGAAAAUGCUAUUCAGAAAAAUAUAAGAUUUCUGAAGAAAUCAAACGAAACACUCGCAUAUUCAGUAUCGACGAUGAAUUCACGUCAGUUAUCGAGAAGCGAUAUGAAAUUCUUUAAAAUCUGUCAUUUGCUCGCACGAGUUGAAUGGUUUGAGUUAAGAAACGAUUUGGCUGAAGCAACCGUAAGAAAAAUCGAAGCGAUUUUAGAGGAAAGCAACUCAGCCUACAAGGAAAAGCGAGCAAAAUUGAAGAUUAUGGAAGAUUAUAACCGCAAACGACGAAACGAAUUGCUUAGAAUUGACAGAAUUGAACUAUUGCGAAAAAUUGAUAAUAUUCCCUUCGAAAAUUUAGAACGUGAAUUGGCGAUAUUUCGAGAAAAAAUUGCCGAAGCAGAAGCAGAAACUCUCAAUCUUACGCUUAAAAUUCGAACAAGGCAAACGAAGAUGGCCGUAGCGAAAGCAGAAAAAUACAGAAAAAUCGUCGAACUACUGGAAAAAGAAACAAUGGAAAAGAAGCAAUGGAAAAUUGUAUUUUAUCAGUCUUAUGAGCAGCAGAAACGAGUUAUAGAAAACAAAUACAAAGCAAGUUAA